AUGGGCAGCAACGACGACAAGAACAGCUCGACUAACAUCAUCGAUGCUUCGAAGGAUAAACUUGAUGAUCUUGCUAGUGAGCGUACAAAGGUGCUUGAGAAUUUAUGUCCAAGUGUUAGGAAGCGUGUUGAGACGUUACAAGAAAUACAGUCUGAACAUGAUGAACUUGAGAAGAAGUUUUUUGAGGAGAGAGCAGCACUUGAAGCUAAGUACCAAAAGUUGUACGAACCUCUCUACACUAAGAGAUAUGAAAUUGUGAAUGGUGUUAAUGAGGUUGAAGGAAAUACAAUUGAAGCAGAAUCUGAAGACAAGGGAGUCCCUGAAUUCUGGCUGACUGUUCUUAAAAACAAUGUAAUACUUGCUGGAGAGAUAACCGAGCACGAUGAGGCAGCCCUCAAAUUCUUGAAAGACAUCAAGUGGUCUAAAGUUGACAAUCUUAAUGGCUUCAAGCUUGAGUUUCAUUUUGACACCACUAAUCCAUAUUUCAAGAACUCUGUUUUGACAAAGACUUAUGACAUGAUUGAUGAAGAAGAUGAACCUGUUUUGGAGAAAGCAAUUGGUACGGAGAUCGAAUGGUAUCCCGGAAAAUGUUUGACUAAGAAGAUUUCGGAAAAGAAAACAAAGAAAGGAUCCGAAGACACGGAGCCGAGUACUAAAACCGAAGGGUACGAAAGUUUCUUCAAUUUUUUCAGUCCGCCGGUAGUUGCUGAGGAGGAAGACGAAGAUACUGAUGAUGAAGAUGAUGUAUGGAUUUGGUUAAUCAUAAAAGACAAAAUUAUUCCUCAUGCGGUGUCGUGGUUCACAGGAGAGGCUCCUCAGGACGAGUUUGUUGAGAUAGAUUACGAUGAUGAACUUGACGAAGAAGAUGACGAGGAGGUUGAUGGGAAUAAAGAUGAAGACAAGACUGAGAAAAAGAAGAGUGGAGAAGUGCUUAGUGGUGAAGGAAAUUAA